UCUCUUCUUUUUCCUCUCAUAAUAACUCAAAAAUCAGAUCUUCUCUCUCUCUCUCUCUCUCUCUCUCUCUCUCUCUCUCCUUGUUUCUGAAGCUUAAUUACUUGCGGCAUUCCAUUUCUGUAUUCUUCAUUUCUUUCUUCUUCCCUAUCUCUCUCUGUAAGAUCAUGCCUGUUUUUGUAGAGAGUUCAUCCACUAUAGCGGAGCAAAUCAAGCUGAGAAAACCCAGAAACCAAUUCCAUCACCAACAUCAACAAGAAGAGAAUCCCAUUUCUACACAAGAAACAGAUCCACCCCCACAUAUCUGUCGUCCCUCCAAAUCCACCAUCUCCUCUAUCUUCCUUUCCCCCUUCUCCACAACCAACACUGAGGCCACUACCAAGAAAAAGAGCACCACAUUCAGAGGUUUAGGAUGCACCGCUGGGGCGGCGCGGCAGGUGUCGGUGCCGGCAGUGAUACGGUCAUCGGCGGAGUGGGAGGGGAAGAGGGUGAAAAAGAAAAAGAAUCCGCAGCAGCAGAAAAGGAAGAAGGAUAGUAUAAGGAUUUGCACCGAGAGUAAUAAGACGAGCCUGCAGGGUGUGGGUGAGGGGAAUAAUAGUAAUGGAAACAUCGAUAGUAACGGAAAUAGUGGGAGUUUCAAUUCUGGGAAUUGUAUGGUUAUUCAGGAUGUGUGGUGUGGGCCAGGAAUUGGGUUUUCUUCUGAUGCUGUUGUUGGGUCUGUGGAUUGUGUUUUGGCGAGGAGAAAUGCGCCUGGGAGAGGGAAGAUUGAUGGGGACAACAAAAUCAAUCAAAGGGAAAGAGAGCGUGCUUCCUGUUUAGGGAGGCGGGCGACGGUGAAUCCUGAAACUCUUUCUUUUUUGGAUACGGACCCUGCUUUUGUAACAUCUCGCCCUGGACCUGAAGUCUUUGGAAGUAGAUAUUAUCGUCAUGUUCGACAUCCUUCCCCUGAUGGUUUAGCUGAGAUGAUGAUGCUCCAAAAUAGUUUCAUGAUGGGAGGAAGACAGGAUCGGUUUAGCGACUGGAGGCUUGACAUUGAUCACAUGUCAUAUGAGCAACUGCUGGAGUUAGGUGAGAGAAUUGGUUAUGUGAGUACUGGACUGAAAGAAGACGAGAUCAGCCGCUGUGUCAGGAAAAUGAAGCUCUCAAUUAUGAACGACCUUUCAUCACAUUUGCCCAUGAUUCUGGACAAAAAGUGCAGCAUUUGUCAGGAGGAUUAUGAAGCAGAUGAUGAGCUGGGGAAGCUGGAUUGUGGACAUGGCUUUCAUAUACAAUGUAUAAAGCAAUGGCUUGCACAGAAAAAUAUUUGCCCAGUCUGUAAGACUGAACCAGUGGCUCGAGGAUAGAGCCGGUAUUCUUCAUUAUCUUCGUGGGUGCAGGGCUUUCAAAUUGCUGCUCUUUACCCCUUCCCCCCCUCCCUCUUCCUCCAUGGUGUAUAGAUUUUACCAGUUUACAUAAAUGAUGCAUUCAUUCAUUGGUGUGAAGCUUCAAAUGUUCUAGCAGAAAUGAUAGGGCCCUUUUUCUGGGUAAUUUAUCAGGUUCAUGCAGAUUGAAGUUAUAGUAAUGGAAUUUGAUGGAAGUGAUUAAUUUUGAUACAUGGAUGAAUGGAACGUGUAAUAUAAGCAACACAUUUAUAAAGAUCUAAACUCAAUUCAACCUUUUAUUCAUAAA